AAAAGAUACAUUUGAAGAAAUAAAGAGUCUCCGAGUUCUCUUUAUAGCAAUGAACACUCCAGAAUCCUUGCCAAACAAAUUCUCAAAUCUUAUCCACCUCCAGUAUCUUAAAAUUAGAUCACCUUAUUUCUUGAAAGAAAUGACUUUACCUAGCACAUUGCCUAGAUUUUAGCACUUGAAAUUCUUGGACCUUAAAAAUUGGCAUGGUAGUAAAAAAAUGCCUAAAGACAUUAGCCGCCUUCUGAAUUUACGCUAUUUUUCUUCUUCCAAAGAACUCCAUUCCAAUAUUCCUGAGGUCGGAAAGAUGAAGUGUUUACAUGAGCUAAAAGAGUUCUAUGUUAAGAAAGAGUGUACUCGGUUUGAAUUGGGAGAGUUGGGAGAACUGACAGAGCUCGGAGGUGAACUCACUAUAUAUAAUCUUGAAACCGUGGCAUCGAGGGGAGAAGCUAGUGCAGCCAAAUUGAAGAAUAAAAGAAAUUUGACAGAGCUGAGAUUAGUUUGGGGUAAGGAGCGCCAGACUAUAGAUGAUGAAAUUCUUGAAGGUCUUCAACCACACCCUAAUCUUAGGGUGCUUGGCAUUAUAAAUCCUGGUGUUGCAUCUUGUCCUAGAUGGUUGUGUGUUGAUAUUAGCACAAAAAGGUUGGAGUCUGUUCAUCUACAGACUCUUUCUUGGUGUCCUCUUCCAGCUUUUGAGCAGCUACCACACCUAAGCAGUCUCACUUUGAAAAAUAUUGCUGGGAUGAGUGUGUUCGGGCCUGGCUUUAGUGGUGUUACAGAAAGAAGCUUCAUGCACCUGAAGAAACUUGAGUUUGCGGAUAUGCCAGAGCUUGAGAAGUGGGUCGACGAACCUAAUAGCCGUCUAUUUUCAAGGCUUGAAAGCAUCAAGUUUGGAGGUUGUCCCCUUCUCCGCGUGUUUCCCUUCUUGGAGAGCUCUGACCUAUUUACCAACCUGUGUAGUCUUCAUAUUGAUGACUGCCCCGAGAUGUCUCACUUCCCACCAAUGCCUCACACCUCCACAAUAACAGAUAUUCGUGUGAAAAAUGAUGGGUCAGAGCUAUUAUAUGAUGGUAAGGAAUUGAGCAUUAAAGGGUAUACCAGGGCAUUGGCUUUCCACAAUAUGGAUAAAGUAGAGGUUAUGAAAAUUACGGAUGUGUCACACAUUUUUUUUGCAGACCUCCAAAAACUAAAUUCAUUGAGAAGUAUACAUUUCAAGAAAUGCGACGACAUGUUUUCUGCAGAAUUGGCUGAUAGUGUUGUCAUCCAUUCAGUUCAGAAUCUUGGUAUAGAGGAAUUAUGUAUUAGUGGAGAAUUGUUUUCAAUGAUUUUGAGGUGUUUCCCGGCCCUUUCCCAGCUUACCAUCAAAGACUGUGAGAGGCUUGAACUUAUGCCUGUGGAGGAUGGAGGACUCUCGGGCCUCAAGAUGCUGCAAUCAUUUACAGGAUUUAGUUGUGGGAAGCUGUUCUCUCGGUGGCCCAAGGGAGAAGUAGCUGGAGGAGCUCACGCCAUCAAGCCUUUCCCUACUUUCCUCAGGGAGCUUAAUAUUUUCUUAGAGCCAAGCAUGCAGUCAAUAGGUCUACUCUCAAACCUCACGUCUCUCACCAGUCUAAGCCUAUCAAGUUGUGACGAAUUAACAAUGGAUGGGUUCAAUCCUCUCAUGACAGUCAACCUCAAGAAACUGACCGUAAAUGGUAUAAAUGAGGAACAAGAUAACAUCUCUAUAGCAGGGGAUCUUCUCUCACAGAUUGCAAGGAGCAACUUAAUGCAUACAGGUUCAUUCCAGUUGGAAGAAUUUGAGGUGGAUAGCAUCUCGGCAGUGCUUACUGUUCCCAUGUGCAGCCACCUUGCAGCAAGCCUUCAUACAUUGAGGUUCUGUCUUGAUCAGCGGGCAACAACCUUCACGGAGGAGCAAGAGCAAGCGCUGCAGCUCCUCACCUCCCUCAAACAUCUCGAAUUUUCCCUAUGCGAUAAUCUGCAGUCCCUCCCUCAAGGGUUACGUGGCCUUUCUUCUCUCAAGGGACUAGUGAUGUACAAAUGUGAAAAAAUCAUAUGCCUGCCGCCAAAGGAGAGCCUCCCCGCUUCACUAGAAACGCUACGACUAUGGCGUUGUAGUCCUGAGCUAACUGAGCAAGCCAGAAAACUGAAAGAAAGUGACCGAUGGUUUUUGGUAAUAGUAGAUGGGUUUCUCCCAGAUCUCCUAGAUCUCCCAGCUGAUCAAGAAUUCACAUUCUGGGAGAUCUGAUUCACUGAUCCAGCCGUUCCUUUCUUUCAAUGACAAGCAGAUGGUCAAUUGCUGCUGCUUGAUUAUGUAUGGUAUAUGAGUAUGAACGCAAGGAAGGGAACCCAUGCCAGUGAAAGACUAGGUACAAAAGGCUGAAAGAACUAUGGGCAGACCUGAAUAAUUGAGCAUAUUACAACAGGUUUAAUCGUUCUGUUGUUAGCAUGAUUUGAUUCUGCAAACUGUGCCUCAUCUGUAAAGGAACAUCACUUCUCAUGGAUAUGUGGCAACCAGCUCUCUCCAUUCUGCAGAUUGUGCUUUGAAACAAUCAUUGUGAACAUGUAGACGUUUUCGUGGUCGAUCCAACUAAAAUCGUGAUACAUACUAUAUGGCGUUUGUUUUUCGUUGGUCUUCAGUUUGCAAUAUCAAAUAAGAAAGGAGAACAUCGCAGGUUAAGUCCUUCAAUUUCUAGUGAUUGGAUGGCUUGGAUGGGUUGUGUUCCACGAGAUUAACGAUCUGGGUGGAGAAUCAUUACCUAAAUGACAAUUGCAGUCAAUGGUGGAUUCUCGCAGUUAGUGGCUUCGCAUUCAGAACAAUUGCAACCAGUAGUGUAUUCUGAAGCAGUUGCACUGACCACAGUUCCGAAGGUUUUCCUCUCAGUUUGCCGGCCAAAACCCACAAGAAUACAUGACUAAGACUGCUCUGGACGACAGGUGGCUCAAUCUGUCCUUCUGUUGUUUGCGAAGUAUAGAUGGAGCAAUUGCACUGAGAAUUUGAUCAGCAGGUCCACCAUUAAGCAAAUUCAGUCCGUAAGGAGGAACGAUGCCCUUGCUUUUUUUAGAAAUGGAGGAGGACCCCCGGCCUCUGCAUCUUUUUUUAGAACGACACCCUUGCUAUGGCCCGCUUCUUCCUGAGCGGCGAACCAGGCCUCCCUCUCUGACGUGCUGUGCUCCACGGCCUGAGACUAUUCUUCUACAGAACAAUUGCAACCAACAGUGGCUGGUGAGCUCUUGUGGUUAGCAGUUUUGCAUUCAAGGCAUACCUCCUUCAUCCAAAUAAUAACACCAAUGGAAGCACCUUUCUUUAAUUUUCUAAUGCAGCAACUCCACAAAGGUUUUUCGUGAAUACCGUACUGGCAAAGCCAAACUCGAAGGAAUCUUGAUUCAUGGCUGCUCCGGAUGAUGGGUAGCACGAUCUGUCUGUGUUGUCCCAUCUGCCAUGCUAAUCAAAACAAGGAGGAACGUAUAUUCUGAAGCAUAAAUUGUUGGUAUCACAUUCCGUGUCCAGAACCCCAGGAUGAUGUUGUUGGGAGUGCCAACUGCCAAGUGCUUGUAUGUGUACACAACAAAUUACUAAUGCCGACAAGGCGACGACGCAUGCCAAGCCAUGGCUUCUCACUCCCUCAACGACGCGCUCAUCGCCACUUCCUGCACACAAAGCCAGGCCACCCUCCCGUUCCUCACCCGCGUGAUGCGCUCCACGGGGCUGUCAUGUGCUUUCACAUCCUCGAUCGAGGCCAACUCCAGUAGUCCCAGCUCCUGGAUCGACCACGGCAUAUUUCCAUGUCACCGGCGUAAUUUGGGUCCGACACCGAGCUGCUACCAGUUCGGCCUAUCCACCUCAAGGAACAUCUAUCCGAACUUGACUCUGAAAAUUCAAAUGCUACCAUAUUCAGUGUCCAGGAAUCCGGGAUCGUUGCUGCAUAGCGGGACCGCAUCCUGUGGUGUCCACCAUGUCCUGCGCCUUGGGUUUGCACAUCCGCUCUGCUUACUCUGUCUCCUACCCCAAGACAACCUCUCGCCAUCUUCGACCACGGCACCACCUGGGCCCACAUCACCGGCGCAAACUUGGGGCUGAGACCGAGCGGCUCAUCAUCCACGCCCCGAUGUUCUGCGCCAUUAGCACCAUGUGUACAUGGAUACACCUGCAUGUAUCAGUUAGAUGAACGACUUGACAGACAUGAGCACGGAUUAUCAUAUUCCUUGUGAACGAGUACAUGUUAAUACGUCGUGUAGAUGAUAAAUGUAUAGACUUAUGUAACACCAAGACACAGUUUAGAUUCGUCGCCAAAAGAAGACACGGUUUAGAUUAUCGUGAUGACACUGAGACAUCAGUUAACAUGUCUUGUUUCAAUUGCCUGGUGUGCAUAGAUCGAGGCAUAAAUCAAUAUGACUUGUCCCUGUGUU